CGACCCUUAAAUUCUCUCUUCUCUCCUCUAAUCUAAUUUUCCCCCACUCAACUCACUCUCCUUUUUCUCGUGAAUGAAUAUUUCUUUUGUCUUUUCCUUUUUCACUUUUUUCCAAAAUUAUUACAAUAUAUUUAUUUGUUGUAUCCUAAAUAUCUAUCUCUAUAAAUAUUUCAAAAUAUCAAUCACAGAUUAAUCCAACGACGACCAUCAAAUCUCACCAACCUAACAGAAAAACGGAACCAAACCCUAAUCCAAACGAACAUUCCUUCCUUCCUUUAUCUCUUCUUUGUCGUUGCCUUUCCUCCGUUGAUCACCGCAGCUUGAUUUCUCACAUCCGUCAUCAGAUCCAUCGAGAUCUCAGCUCACGCGCUCAGAACACUGGACCACGCGCCUGUUACCGCAUCUAUCAUGGUCGUGAACGGAGGAAAGCCCCUGAAACGCAUGAAAAGGAGAGUCACCGCCGAUUUUCACGAUUUCUUUUCAUUUCCCUCGCCAUCCAUUGCCGUCUCAGAAAAUUUCUCCAGCGGACCGUUCCGAUCUAACGUCCGCUCUUUCCUCAACAAGUACGCGCUUCUCCCGCCGCCGUUGGCGCUUUUCCCCCACCUUAUGACAUGGCAGAUCCUCUUCCGUAUCGGUGAAGUUACCGAUGGCCUUGAAUCAGGCCCUGCGGUGGUGUGCGUCGACGUCGUGGAGGAGGACGUGGCUAGAUCCAGAUCCGUUUACUGCGAUCAGUGCCGAGUUUUCGGUUGGAGCGGCCACCCGGUGUGCGGGAAACGUUACCAUUUUAUAAUCAAAGCUGAUGGGAGAUCCAUUGGUGGAUACCAAAAACCCUGUAUGUGUUGUGGAGAUAUUCUGUAUUUGUCAGAAUCCAAGUGUAAGUCAUGCAACCAUGUGACAACUAGUGAUGAUGUUGAAGACUGGGUGUACAACCAACUAGAGAACACAAGUCAUCUUUUACAUGGUGUAGUCCAUGCCAAUGGUUAUGGGCACCUUCUUAGGGUCAACGGCAGAGAGGGGGGAUCUAGAUUUCUUUCUGGUUGCCAUAUUUUGGAUUUCUGGGAUCGCCUUUGCAAGACACUUGGAGUUAGAAAAGUUAGUGUGAUGGAUGUUUCGAAGAAAUAUGGGCUAGAGUAUCGCUUGCUCCAUGCCAUUAUGAAGGGACAUCCAUGGUAUGGUGAGUGGGGAUAUAAUUUUGGCUCUGGUAGCUAUUGUAUCACACAGGAAGCAUAUAAGUCUUCUGUUGAAAGCCUAUCCAAUCUACCCCUGUCCAUCUUUGUCUCCCAGGAACAAAAGCCCCAUUCACGUGUGCACGAUAUCAUCUUGUAUUACCAGUCUUUGUCAGAGCAUAAGCUUGUAAAUAUGAGGAACCUAUUUAGUUUUUUGAUGGGUUUGAUGCACGAUGCUCGCAAGACUUCCUCUAAGUCUGAUGAUGACACAACCUGCAAGAAGCGUCGUUUGAAUGCUUCUGGAUUAUCAAGUUCUUGGGAGAAGAGUGACGUUCAACGUGUGGAGGAAGCCAUGCUCAGAGUGCUGCGUGCAGUGUCUGGGUCUAAUUGGGUGAGCGGUCGUGCUCUUAGGGGUGCUGUUUGCAAGUUGGCCUCUCCAGAGCUUCUUGAUUAUUGCCUUUCUGAACUGGGAGGAAAAAUAGUCUAUGGUGGGGUUGUUAAUAGCAGAUGCAAUCCUCAGACUGGAGUUUAUGAAUUCAGAAUUGAUGCUACAAAUGCUUCUUGCUAUGGAUUUAUAGCCAACAGUAAUUCUUCAGGCUCAAAGUGUCCGUCUAAAGAGAAUAUCCUGCAAUGCUUGAGAUAUUUAUACGAGUCUUUGCUACAUCCUCGGAUGAUGCUAAACUAUGUUGAUGAAGAGACAAGAACCCUUGCAAUGAGCUCGGCUCAAAAGCUUCUUGACUGCAAGCAAUUAGUAAAAGAUUAUUCUCUUGAGAUGUUGCCAGUAUCAGAUUUGUAUAAAAUACGCAUCUCAUGUCAAGUUGAACUAGUUGACCAACCUGAAGAUUCUGCUGCUAGAACUCCACCAGAAAUAAUUGUGCUGCCCUCGAACGCCACACUGUCCGACCUUAAGAUAGAAGCAACAAAUGUGUUUCAAGAUGUAUAUUUAAUGUUUAGAAGAUUCCAAGUUGACGAGCUACUUGGCUAUAGCAGUGUAAACGAUAACACCCAGGUCAAGCUCUUGUUAGGAUCAAAUGAUGCGGUUUGUGUCCGAGGAAGAUGCAUUGGGAAGAAUGGGUUGAGCAAGUUUCGAAUGGAACGUGGACUUGAGAGGUGGACUGUCGAGUGCAGCUGUGGGACUAAGGAUGACGAUGGAGAGAGAAUGAUGGCUUGUGAUAUAUGUGGAGUGUGGCGGCACACGAGGUGUUCUGGAAUUCAUGAUACUGCUCCUGUUCCAGCACGUUUUGUUUGCUCGAGAUGCCAAAAUUGUGACUCAAGGCCUAAAUCUAGUGUGCAUUGUAAAGAUGAGACUGUGACUAGUGUUAGCACUACUAGUACUAGUAGUAGUUGCUUUGGGAAGGGGAAGGGGAAGGGAUUGGCAGUGCCUUCUGAUGUUAUUUAAGGCAUUGAUUAGAUGUGUGUAUAUAAUGCUUUGUUAUUGUUUUAUUUUGCUUUGGCCUGAAAGAAGUUUGUAGAUAACAGAUAGGUGUCGGCAAGACAGGGCAUGUCUUUGUUUAUUUGUAUAUACACAAACAGAUGGAGGAAAGAAAAAAAAAACAUCUAACUUAAAUGCAAUCGGAUACUGUAUUUGAAAUAAUUUUGUAUUAACCAAACCUCAAUAAUAUAUGUGAGAUGGUCAGAUAAAAUUUGUGUUUGGGAUGCU